AUGGUUAAAACUCGUUCCUCAAUUUCUCCUUCGCAUUCUGUAAAGGUAGCUGCUGAUAAGAAGAAAAUGGAAAAUGUCUCCGAUGAUGGAGAUCGUGAUGAUUCUGAUCGUUCUGGUGGUUCUGGUGGAUCAUCGGAUGGUAGCCGUGGCUCGGCAUUGCAAAAGAGAAAAAGAGUUGUUGAUAAAGUGAAGAAUGAAGAUGUUCGAAAUGUGAAAAAGAUGAAGCAAGUUGCUGAAGAUUUGCCUGAGGAUUAUGAUAGUGAAGACUUGGAGGUUGAAGUUCGUAAUGAUUUGAAGUGGAAAGAAUGGGAUUUAUAUUUCAAGCCUGGUGAAAAGAUUCAGGGAAAAGUGAUGUUAUUCCCUAAUCAGGAUAACAUUGUUGUCAAAAAUAUUAAUUCCAAGUUGACUAAAGAUCAACGUAAGUUGUUUCGUGAUACUUGUUUUGGUUAUUUUUUGGAUAGCCAUCCUGUUGGUUUUCAGUCUCAAUUAGUUCAUAAUGCCUUACAUAGGGAGACAGUGACUGUUAGUGCUGUUGAGCAUAGGUUUAUGUAUAGUGAUUUCAAGUCAGAUGAGUAUGCUGUGAAGAUGGUUGUUUUGUACCUUGUUACUAAUUGUUUGAUUAGUAGUGUUUACUCAAAAAAAGUUCCUGUUGAGAUUUUGAACAUAAUUGGGGUUGAUGAGUAUGGUAGUUUUCCAUGGGGUAUACCAGUGUUUGAAUUAACUUUGCACAAUUUAAAGAUUGGUCUGAGGGGUGUUAUGAAGGGAAAAGGUGUUGCUAAGCCUCUUGCUAAGGUUAAAGGGAAACAUUUGGAAAAGGGUCCUCGAUCUUAUAAACUUCCUGGUUUACCUUUUGCAUUUUUGGUUUGGUUGUAUGAAACCAUUCCUUUGUGCUUGAAGGCAAAGUUUUGUUCCUAUGAUUCUGGUAAACCAUAUAGGUUUUGUAGAUGGAAGAGUAUUGGAAAUCCUAAUUCAAGUGAAGUUGAGAAGAAAGUUCUAUCUUCAAAUAAGCUGAAAGGAAAACAUAUUGUGCCUACUGAAAAUGAAAUAAAAGGUUUAUUGGUGCUUACUGGAAUGGAGUUUAUUGGCCGAGAAGAGUCAGAUGAUGACUUUGAUGAUGUUCCAUUCUCAAAGUUUAAUGUUGAUAGAGUUGGAUCUUCUGGUGUACAGAAGGAGUUUACUGGUGGGUUUGAUGUCGAUGGUGUGAUGCGUAAGAUGAAGGAGUUUAUUUCUAGGCAAAAGAAGACUGAUGAGUCUAUUGAAGUAUUGAAUAAUGUGUUGGAGGGUAGAUUCAAGGAGUUGCAGUUAAGUCUUCAGUCGUAUAUUGACUCAAAGAUCAGUGAAGGCUUGGUUUUUUUUAUGGAAUUGAAGUUUAAUGAGUUGAAGGAAGCUAUUGAAAAUGCAAAAAUUUCUAAAGAUGGAAAUGAUAGUCCUGAUGAGAGCGAUGGCAAGAAUGAUGAUUUAAAUGAUGUUGAAGUUUUUGAUGUGAAAAGUCAAGAUGCAAUUGAAACUGUUGGACUCGAUGAGAAUAUUCAAUAUACUCAGGUUUUUAAUGAUGAUGCUCCUUCAUUUGAUAUUAUGAGUUUUAUUUCUAGUAAACCUGAUUGGUUUACUGAAGAAAAAAAGAAUACUGAUAAAUUGAAUGAUGAAGAACAUGUUGUUGAUGAUCAUGGCCUAUUUAAGGAUGUUGUUAAAAAAUCUAAGGAGGAUGAAGAUGAUGGUGGUGAUGACCAGGGUUUGGGGGGUGGUGAUGCUGUUAAAGCUAUUGGGUCAGAUGGGACAAAUAAAGACAAUGUUGAGGGAAAGAAUACUGAAGAAGCAAAAGAUGUUGCAGAUGGGAGUAAUAAAGAUAAUGUUGAGGGCAGAGCAGUUGAUGUAGAUGCAAGUGUAAAUGAUGUUGAAGGUGUUUGUAGUAAGGGAAAGUUGUUUGAUAGUCAAGGCCCUGAGGAUAGUAUCACUGUGUCUGCUUUGGAGAUUAUAAAUGAAAAGAUUGAUGCCUAUGAGGGAAGCAUUAAAAAGGAUAAGUCUUUAAAUAAAUUAGAGGCAACAAAUGCUGAUGUUUUAUCUACCUAUGGGUUGGACAAGACUGAUGUUGUUGGUGUUGAGAAGAAGCAUGGUUCUCAAGAAAGCUUUUUUGUAUCUAACAUGGAGGUUGUUAAUGAUCAUUUGGUUUCCUAUGAAGACAGUUUGAAAAAGGGAAAGUCUAUAAAAUUGGAGGAAGAAACUCCUACAGUUGGAAAUAGAGAGAGGAAACCUAGUUCUGUAUACAACAGUCCGUAUGCCUCAGAAUUUGGUUCAGGUAGUAUUGUGGUUUAA